CACGCCUCCUGACAGGUUGCGUAGGAGGAUGUGUCUGGUAUCUUGAAAGAAUAAUAAUACAGGUAUCCCCUCACAAGUUCUUGCAUCUUGUCAGGAAUGUCAAUGAGCAGUGGAUUACAUUUCAGCACUUUAGCUUCCUCAGACGCAUGUAUGUCACACGGCUGAACAGAAGUCACAACCAGCAAGUAAAACCCAAGCCAGAACAAGUAGCAUCUACUUUCCUUGAAAAAACAUCUUCAGGUCAAGCCAAAGCAGAAAUAUAUGAGACGAGACCUCUUUUACCACCCAGCCUUUCUUUGUCCAGAAAACCAAAUGAAAAGGAAUUGAUAGAACUAGAGCUGGCCUCAGAAAUUGAAGACCCAAUAGAUGUAGGGAAAGAGACAAAAGACGAAAAGCAGUGAAAAGAGAUGAAGAUGCAAGUGAGUGAUUUGCCAGGAAUUUUGGCUCAACUAUCCAAAAUCAAACUCACAGAGCUGGUAGUAAGUACCACUUCAGCUGGAUUUGUAUUGGCUUUAGGCCCUUUUGACUUGCCCUGUUUCCUGCUUACUUCUAUUGGGACAGGCCUCACAUCCUGCGCUGCCAACUCCAUCAGUCGGUUUUUUGAGGUACCAUUUGACUCAAACAUGAAUAGGACAAAGAACAGACCUCCGGUUCGUGGAGAGAUCAGCCCAUUGUUAGCUGUGUCUUUUGCCACUUGAUGUGCUGUUCCCGGGGUUGCCAUUCUGACCUGGCGCGUGAAUCCACUCACAGAAGCUCUGGGGCUCUUCAACAUUUUCCUGUAUACCUGCUGCUACACACCACUGAAGAGGAUCAGCAUUGCUAACACAUGGGUCGGAGCCGUGGUUGGGGCCAUCCCGCCUGUCAUGGGCCGGACAGUGGCCACGAGCACCCUCGAUGUUGGCACGUUACUCCUGGGAGGAAUCCUCUACUCCUGGCAGUUUCCUCAUUUAAACGCCCUGAGCUGGGGCCUCCGUGAAGACUACUCUCGGGGCGGCUACUGCAUGACGUCGGUCACCCACCCGGGCCUGUGCCAGCGCGUGGUGCUGUGCCACUGCCUGGCCCUGCUGGCGCUACCCAUGGCAGCCCCCGUCCUGGAAAUCACCACUUGGACUUUCGCCGUCAUUGCCCUCCCCAUCAAUGCCUACAUCUCCUACCUCUGCUUCCACUUCUACGUGAACGCAGACCGCAGGAGCUGGCGGAGACUGUUCUUCUGCAGCCUGUGGCACCUGACGCUGCUGUUACUGCUCAUGCUUACCUGCAAGCAGCGGGGCGGGGCGGGGCGGGGGCCCCCUCCCAGCUGAGCAC